AUGGAGCCCAAGGUGAUCUACGUGGCGGUGCUGGUUUUUGCGCUGGCCCUCGGCAGCCUGGCGCAGAGUGAGACUGAGACGUGUCAGGUGGAACCCCAUCAAAGAAAGAAUUGCGGUUACUCCGGCAUCACGGCGAACGACUGUGAAGAAAAUGGCUGCUGCUUUGAUAGCACAGUCCGUGGAGUCCCGUGGUGCUUCCAUCCUGUGCCCCUGGAGGAAGGUGCUUGA